AUGAAAUCGCCAUGGUCGCCAUGGUUUGCAGUUUUUAGUUUUUUACUAGGAUACGAUGGCACGAUUGAUUACAACAUUUUGUUUAUGUUUCCUCACAUUGAAGACAUUUACGAACUACAGACUUUUCAACAUGUUCACAAUUCCGUGAUAAGGAACGCUAGGUGGUCGCUAGUGUGUUACGCUCCUUAUGAAGAGGAAACAUGUUUUUACUCUUUGGCCGAAAAUUCAGAUAUCGUAGUCUUGUUUAAUUGGAUAUAUGAUUUGUUGGCUUAG